ACGGAAAUCAGUGGAGCGUUUGGAGACAUCGGCACGUUCGUGCCUUUAUUGGUGGCUCUGGUCAGGGUGGUGGGCUUGGAUUUGGGCACCACGCUCAUUUUCACUGGCUUGUACAAUAUAGCCUCGGGGCUUGUCUUUGGCAUACCCAUGCCAGUGCAGCCCAUGAAAGCCAUUGCAGCCAUCGCGCUGGCUGAUGAGCAGAUGACGUUGGAGCACGUCAUCGCUGCUGGCAUCUUUGUCAGCUCUGUCACCUUCCUCCUGGGCAUCACCCGCCUCAUCAACGUAUUCAAUUGGUUGGUCCCUGAUGCAGUGGUGAGGGGACUGCAGCUGGCUGUGGGCCUUGGAUUGGCACAGCGGGGCAUCCACAAUGUCUGGUACAAAGUGGCAGAGGUGCUCUUCUGGACCCCCGCAUCCCUUGAAUGUGCCAGAUCCGCGCUAUCUGGAUCCUCGCUGGAUCUGCAACAUUGUUUGUGUGGUGCGUGGCAGGAUGUGGCGCGGCGGAUGCCUGCGGCGUUGCUGGUGAUGUUUGUGGGCAUAGUGGUGGCCAUUGUGCAGUAUCCCAUGGUCGUGCGAGCGCUGCGGCUGGGGCCCAGCAUUCCCCGCAUCAUCGUGCCCACUGCCGGGGAGUGGAAGACAGGCAUCGUGAAGGCGGGUUUGGCGCAGCUGCCGCUGACUACUCUCAACUCGGUGGUGGCGGUGUGUCAGCUGUCCGGCGACUUAUUCCCCCUGCGGCCCGCGCGGCCGGCCCUGGUCGCUUUGAGCGUGGGGGCCAUGAAUCUGAUCGGCGCCUGGUUUGGCGCCAUGCCCUGCUGCCACGGCGCAGGCGGCCUUGCCGGACAGGUCCGGUUUGGAGCGCGCAGCGGGGCGGCUCCGGUGUUUCUGGGGCUACUGAAGGUUGUGCUGGGACUGGUGUUUGGCAGCUCCCUGUACCAGCUGCUCAGGGCCUUCCCCCAGCCGAUACUGGGCGCCCUGAUGAUAUUCUCUGGAAUAGAGCUGGCAUCCAGCUGUGGCCGGGCUCAGGGUGAGCGAGGUGGAGUCCUGAUGCUCAUCACAGCCGCCACUGGCAUGACCCUGGGCAACACAGCGCUCGGCUUCCUUGCUGGU